AUAUUCUCUACCCUGUUAUACGGUUGCGAAAGCUGGACUCUUGACCCAAAUACGGAAUAGAAAAUAGAUGCUUUCGAGAUGUAUCUGUACCGUCGUAUGUUGCGCAUAUCAUGGGUAAAUAAAAUAACCAAUGAGGAAGUCCUUAGCCGUAUGCAUAAGCAGAAAGAACUCAUGUUGACAAUCAGGGAGAGAAAGACGAGAUAUAUAGGAUAGGACACCUGAUGCGAGGAGAAAGAUACGAACUCAUGCGACUGAUCAUCCAAGGCAAGGUUCAAGGGAAGAGAUCCAUCGGCAGGCGCCAAAAUUCCUGGCUGAAAGACAUCGGAAGAUGGUUUGGCUGUACUUCAGUGGACAUCUUUCGCAUGGCCGUAUCUAAGACUAUGUUGGCCAUUUGGAUCGCCAACCUUCGAAAGGAGACGGCGCCGCGGCGUCAUAAGAAUAAGAACGCAAAUAACCGACUAAGAAUCUGUCAGAAGGCAAUGAAGCGAGCAAUGCUGAAAAUCAGCCUGAGGGAUAAAAUCCGAAACGAACUGAUAAGGAAAAGAACAGGAGUUGCCGACGUGGUUGAACGAGCAAGUAGACAAAAGUGGCAAUGGGCGGGACAUGUUGCGAGAAGCAACACCAAAUGGACCAAGGUCCUGAUGCAAUAGAGACCAAGAGAGUCCAAAAGAAGCAUUGGCCGGCCACAAACGAGAUGGCGAGAUGACAUCCAACGCUACGCAAGAAAGAGGUGGAUGCAGACAGCACAGGAGAGAAAGACAUGGAAGGAAAUGGAAGAGGCCUUUGUUCAGGAGUGGAUGAAAACAGGCUAAAGAAGAAGAAGAAGAAUUUUUUAAAAUUGUAUUACUUUGAAUAACAAAAGUUUGCAAUGUGUAUCAU